CCUCUCCAGGCCCCGCCUCCUGUCCGCCCCGCCUCCUGCCCGCUCCGCGGCGCAUUGUGGGAUCCGUCCGCGGGCCUGGCGGUGGAGGACGGAGGUGCUCGAUCAUGGGCUUCCAACCGAGCCCAGUCCUGCUGGCCUCCCUGGGGGUGGGGCUGCUGACUCUGCUCGGCCUGGCUCUGGGCUCCUACCUGGUUCGAAAGUCCCGCCGGCCAAAGGUCACUCUCCUGGACCCCAAUGAGAAGUACCUGCUGCGACUGCUAGACAAGACGACUGUGAGCCACAACACCAAGAGGUUCCGCUUUGCUCUGCCCACCGCCCACCACGUUCUGGGGCUGCCUGUGGGCAAACAUGUCUACCUCUCUGCCCGGAUCGAUGGCAGCCUGGUCAUCAGGCCAUACACUCCUGUCACCAGUGACGAGGACCAAGGCUACGUGGAUCUUGUCAUCAAGGUGUACCUGAAGGGUGUGCACCCCAAAUUUCCCGAGGGAGGGAAGAUGUCUCAGUACCUAAACAGUCUGAAGAUUGGGGAUGUGGUGGAGUUUCGAGGGCCGAGUGGCUUGCUCACUUACACUGGGAAAGGGAAUUUUAGCAUUCAGCCCAACAAAAAAUCUCCACCAGAACCCCAAGUGGCGAAGAAGCUGGGAAUGAUUGCCGGCGGAACAGGAAUCACCCCAAUGCUACAGCUGAUUCGGGCCAUCCUGAAAGACCCUGAAGAUCCAACCCAGUGCUCUCUGCUUUUUGCCAACCAGACUGAAAAGGACAUAAUCUUGCGGGAGGACCUGGAGGAGCUGCAGGCCCGCCACCCCAGUCGCUUUAAGCUCUGGUUCACUCUGGAUCACCCCCCAGAAGAUUGGGCCUACAGCAAGGGGUUUGUGACUGCCGACAUGAUCCGGGAGCACCUGCCCGCCCCAGGGGAUGACGUGCUGCUUCUGCUCUGUGGGCCACCCCCGAUGGUGCAGCUGGCCUGCCAUCCCAACUUGGACAAGCUGGGCUACUCACAAAAGAUGCGAUUCACCUACUGAGCUUUGUCCUCUGUGGGCCUGUCUCCCUAGUCCCGUUCCCUGCAAUUGUCAGUACUCACGUGCUAUAAGCCCUAGUUCCCUUCCUGGCAGUGUCGACCUUUUUGUCUUACUCUGAAGCUGAAAUCUGGAUGAUACCUGCAGGAACCUUGUGGCCAUGGAAGAGGGUCAAAGCUGAGUUGUUCCCUGAAAGGUGCCCCCGCCCCCCAAAUCUCCCUGCGAUAGAAGGUCUAGGUCAGGCCCAUGGAGCCAUCUCUUCCAUGGGUCAGAAAGAAGGAAGCAUGUGCCUUUGGUCCUUGUAUGGACUAGUUCCUCUAUAGCAUCACACUCUGUGUGGUGAAAGGAACAAUCUGUGUAAUGGGUUUUAUUUAAUAUUUGGUGCUUAACCCAUAGCAGAUUCUGUAUGUGUGAGUGAGUGCAAGUUGAGCAGCCUUAUAGAGGUGGUCUCAUCGAGAUGGCAGGAAAGGAGAAAAUGAUUUCUUCAGACCUCAGAGAAAGGGAUCUGAAAUGUGUAUUUGUGUGUCAGUCUUUCCUAGCACCUGGAAGGAAAUGGCUGCCCACAGUCUAAGACUGCUGCUUAUGGCAGAAACUUCUGGCUGUGCAAAUAAGUGGGGCCAAGGCCCCUGUGUUAUACCUACAGGGUUGUUGUGUCUGGGGUCCUUAUUUCUAAGGCGUUUCAUGUCUGAGAAUCUUGUGAGGAAGGAUUUCCCAGCACUGAAUUUCUCCCAGGUCUCUCAGAGAACCUUUGAGCCGUGGUACCCUGUGCUGAAAUAUGACCUGCCACCAAACUUGGUGAUCGCUUAACAGCUGUCUCAGCAGAGCCAGAAGCUCAACUUCUCCCUGGAGGCUUCUAAGGGUGGGGGGGAGAACCGAAGUUAGAGGGGAUGCUUUUGGAACCCAGGUUCGAUCACACUGGGUCGCUUGGUUUGGCCACUCUUUUGCUUCCUUCUCUUGAACCUCCCUUCAUCAAAGGUAUCCUUCAGGGUACCUGGCAAACAAAUGAAAGUAUUGUCUUUCUGUUUGGAUGGGAAGCUUUCUCCUUUAAAAAGUAACCUGAUAUCACCAGCCCCAGCCAGACUUAUUGGUGCCUGGAUAGGCUUGGCUGCCCCCAGGCCCAUCUGUCCUGACCGCCCUUCUCCUCUGCUCUGACAGUCCACACACUUCUCCCAGGGUUGGACUAGGGCAGCUUCCUCAGAUAUUCUCUGUAAGUCCCAUUGGGAUAGAACAGUGAAUCAGCCUCAAGAGGAAGGUCGACACUUCUUCUCUGCACGGGACUAUGUAUGGCUUUCCCUGGGACCCCCAAAGAAAGGCUUGUGGGACCCCCAGAAUUCACCCCUCCAUAUAGCAGAGUUGUGAAUAAAUUGUUACGAAUAUUCCAUCAAACA